AUGCUAUCUGUACAGCAGAUGGAGUUCCUUGAGGACUUGUGGAGGUCUAUUGGCCUGGAAGUCGUGAUCUUCGUAGUGACGCUGUGCUGCGCCUUUUUGGUCCGCAGCUUCUCUCCUAAGGGAACUGUGCCAGGCCGCAAGGUGGUCUCGCCACAACACAAGGCAUCGACAGACUUGCCCAAAAGCACGGGAUUCAGGCGAAACCCAGAACACAAGGGCACUCAAGGACAGAACACUGAGCCUGCUGACGUGCUGCGGGAGGUCAUGCAGAGCUUCCACGAACAAAGUGCUGGCCGACCUUCGAAGAUCCUUGGUCUCUACGCGGAGCUGGGACAUCUCUUGGAGAAAUCGGGACAAACAUUGCUGGAAGUGGCCGGCGGGCAGACUGCGAAUGAUCUCUACACUGGCCUAGCGCAGUUGGUGAUUCGGACUGGGAAGCACCAGAGUCUGGAUUCCAUCAUUGACGACAUGGUCGGGCACCAGGUACCUCGUUCACUGGCCUUCUAUGAAAGCGUCAUGAAGCAAUUGGCAGUGCAGAAACAGUUCCGCAUGGCGCUUCGUAUCUAUGACCGGCUGGUGGAGGAUGGCCUGGAAACUACAGCCAUUACAUACAGUUGCCUCAUCCGCUUUGCUGCCGAGGUGGGAGACUUCUCACGGGCGCAGCUCUUCUUUGAGAAGCUGAGUUCCUUGACCACGCCAUCCAUUCGUGCUUAUAUGACCAUGCUAGGAGUGCACAACAAGCGGCAAGACUGGCGAAGCGCUCUAGCGGUGAUCAGAGAUAUGAAAGCGCGAGGAGUCACCUUGGACAGUUUGGCGCUGAAUGUGGCCUUGUCCACAGGCGUGGCAGCAGACAAGGUGGAAGAGGUGUUGGAGCUCUUGGCAGAGGCGGAGCAGAUGGAGAAGUGUGUUCCAGAUGUUGUCUCCUACAAUACUCUCAUCAAAGCCUUUGCCCAGCGAGCGAACUAUGCGGGUGCGUGUGAGGUAUUGGAUCGGAUGCAGCAGAGGAAGAAAUACCCCAAUGCGAUUACAUUCAAUACGGUGAUGGAUGCGGCCGUGCGCGCAGGGAAACCCCAGGAGGCUUGGACCCGCCUUCAGGAGAUGCGGAAGCGUGGCUUCAAGCCUGACAAGUUUACAUGUUCCAUUUUGGUCAAGGCCUUCUGCAAAGCUGGCCAGUUGAUCACUGAGGAGUCCGUGGACCGAGCCCUGGCCUUGUUGGACGAGGCCAACGACUGCCUUGACGCGACUCUAAAAACAACGCUCUACAACAACGUGCUGGACAUCACAACCAAGGCCAACUUGAACGCAUCAAUCCUGAACAUCAUGCAGCAGAUGCGUGUCCGAGGAGUGAAGUGA